AUGGAGAUUGCAGAACACGUUGUCGAGGUGAUGAGAUUUCACGGAACGCAGACGUUCCUUGAAAUGGCAAAUUCGUUGCGAAGAUUUGGGGAGUGUGCAAAUGAAGGGGUUGUUCCGAUUAUUGGUAAUUACGAGCAGAGUGAACACCACGCACCUCGAAAUUCCACAGUGGUCGAUUCUGUUUUUGACCACGGUGGUUCUGACGCAGAAUCGGAAGUACUGCCUACUCUCCAGACAGUCGAAUUACGUGAAAAUGACGGAGAAGAUAUGACGAAAUCGAGGGAUGAAAUACCUGAUGGUGUGACUCACGAGCGAAUUGAGAUUGAGACGACGGACACCGAUACACUACUCGCUGAAACUGAUAGAAUUCUUCGUCAGCUGGAAGACGUGGUUUCGUCAGACAAUGAUGACAUGCGACCUGAAGGUAUCAACCGGUCGGUGAGCGACUCCAACCCUUUGGUGAGCAGCACCAACCCGUUGGUACACGACUCUUACCAGUUGGUGAGCGACAUUGAGCACGGCAAUGAGUUGGUAACCACCACCAACGAGUUGGUGAACAAUGGCAACAGCAAAAAGAAAAGGGAGCGCCAGAACGCAUCUGAAAAAACAGACAAAGAAGGGAGUGCUGAAUGGAAAAUUAAUACGUCGUAA